AUGAAGCAUGUACAAUUACACCCUCAUUGUGGCGGAACUUCUGGAAGAUUUCAACAUCGUCAUAUUGGCUUAAAUCAUCAACAUUAUCAUCAAAAUCAACGUCAUCAGCAUUUAUUGAAACCCUAUUUUUACCCUCAACAGCCCCCACAAACAAAUUCAGCACGUCCAGCAGCUGAAAAUGAAAAUAAUCAAAAUGGAAUAAAUAAUCCUGCAUUUCACCAAUUAUUUCUUUUUGGGGGAGAAAAUUUAAGAAUUAGGUGGGAAGGAAUUUUUAAGAGUAAUUUUUUUAAAUUUUAUUUUAGUGAUAAUUCUAUUGGAAAUGCUCCUUUACCUUUCCCUACUGGAAAUUUGGGUGAGAGGAAUAGAGCAAUGGAAGGGUUACAUCGCCCUCAAAAUAACAAUGGAAUACCACUGCAUAACCAAUUUAGAGGAAUGCGACUGUCUACGGGCUUGGCUAGGUAAAAUUACUUAAAUAUCGCUUAAGUUUAUAAUGGCUAAUAUGUCUGCAAUUGUAUAAGGAUUUGAACGGAUAUGAAUAAUCCAGCAUAGGGCUGGAUAGUUGCACGUAGAUUGUGUUCUUGAUGAGGCCCUUUUUCAUGAUGGAAAAAUUUUUCUUUUCUAUGGUGUCCGCCAGUGCUGGGUAUUUGCCAUUUGUUCUCGGCUCCGGCUCCGGGCUCCGG